AUGGGGCCUGUGGAUGACUGCAGACGAUUUUCGAAGCAAGAGCGAAAGAAAGUUGCUGUCAAGAGACCCGCAGUGGUCGCAGAGUACAACACUUGCAUGGGGGGUGUUGAUCUCUGCGACAGAAUGUUGAGCUUCUACCCCACUACCAUGCGCACAAAGAAGUGGACGAUUCGUACUCUCAUCUUCAUGAUGGAUGUCGGAGUCGUGAACUCAUGGCUGCUUUACAAGCAAGACCAUCGAGAUCUGGGUACACACAGAAAGAACAUCAUGCAACUGCUAGACUUCAAGCUCGAGCUCGCCCAUUUUCUGCUUGCCUCUGACAAGGGGUUUGCUUCAACUGAAAGUGAUUGCGAAGCUUUGCAACUGCGAAAGCCAGCAGUUGUGCCACUUCCCUCACCAUCUGUGCGCAACCUGAGUGCGUCACACAUGCCAGAGAUCGUAGACCAAAAGUCCGCAAGCAGGUGUCGGAACCCCGGCUGCUGCGAGAGGACCAAAUUCCGAUGCUGCAAGUGUAACCUGUUCCUGUGCUUGACAGCUGGCCGCAACUGUUUCAAAGCAUUUCACAAGAAAUGA